AUGUCCUCCACAACAGCCAACGUCCUGGCUACUAUAGGCACCAUUUUUUGGUGUGUGCAAAUGAUACCCCAAAUUAUUCAUAAUUAUAGACGCAAAGACACCGAGGGACUCAACCAGUGGAUGGUUUUGCUUUGGUGUCUAUGUGCUCCAUUUUUCGCAAUCUACUUUGUUUCAGAAAACAGCUCGAUUCCCAUCCAGCUACAGCCUCAUCUCUUUGGCUUCUUCUGCCUCAUUGUUUACUUGCAAGUGCUCUACUACCCUCCAGUGAGCAAGCCAAAGAGGGAUAUAAUUUUGCGCGGGGGUCUGUUUGUGUUUUUGUGGCUCGCACUGGAGGUUGCUUUCAUCAUCCCCCUACGCAAGGAAUACUCUAAAGGAGUGAAGUGGCCGCUGCUAAUUUUUGGAAUCAUCGGCUCCGUGCUUCUAGCAGUCGGAUUGCUGCCACCAUACUACGAGCUUUCGAAGCGUCAAGGACGAGUUAUCGGGAUAAACUUCAUUUUUCUGGCUACGGACCUUAGCGGAGCAGUGUUCUCGCUCGCCUCGUUGGCUAUUGGGGACAUCGAUACAAUGGGAUGUAUAUUAUACUCGAUUUGCGCGUGCUUAGAAGUUGGAAUUUUUAUGAGUCACGCGAUAUGGUGGCUAAGAUUUGGUCGCAGAAGAAAACCAGCAGACGGCGACCUUACUCAAGUGUGCACAGAGGAAGAUAAGAACACAGAUACACAGGACAAGGAUCUGGACGCGAUGAAAUCCCCGGAAACGUUGGUAUAG